CGAAGACCUCGAAGCGCCAGGCACGCGUGAACGGCACUGAAUUAUUCACCACCACCCUCCUCGAUCCUAUGGAGAAAUACACGCGCUUCCGUGAUCCGGGCACAGGCCUUGCGCCCUUCCUCCCCGUUCCGGGAUACACUCCUCCAGGUCCUCCGGCACUCACGUUGCCUCUGCGUGUCGUGCUCUUUGCGAUCCGCUUGCCAGUUGUGUUGGCCAUCUUUCUGCUGCAUGUCUUAGUGUUCGAGUGUUCACUAGCUCCUCUGUGGUGGAUCACUGGUCCAGACGUCUUGGGCUGGCUGCGAUGGAUAUUCAUAAGAGGAGGGGUCAUGGGGAUAGCCGGCGUAUGGUGGGUGCCAGUUCAGGUUGAUAACAGUGGAGCAGCUCUUUCGAGCCGGAAGACCUUUACCGCUCCUCUGCGUGCUGGUGAUAUCCUUGUUGCGAACCAGACCUCGCCUUUGGAUGUCCUCCUGCUAGCUUCAACUCUCCCUUCAGUUCCUCUCUUCACACAGUCGUACCCUGGCACGUCAUUGGUUGAACCUAUCUCCUUCCCUACGGCCAUCCUCAGAUAUCUCAUCAAGCCUUCCGUCAAGGCUCCAACAUCAGGCAUGAUGGCGCUCAAGGAUGUAACGAACAAGUGGCAGAAGCGGAUCGUGGUGGUUUUUCCGGAGGGUACUGCAACGAACUCUCGUGGCCUGUUGGCGUCUACCCCGUCUCUUUCGUCGACUGGUGUAAAGACGAGGAUCUGGCCGUACACCAUCAAGUACACCCCUACUGCCGACUUGUCAACUCCCAUCAAUGGCUACAAGGCUUUCUGGUCUUUUUUCUGGAGGUUCUUGUCGCAGUUUAAGAGGGAAAUUAGACUUAGGGGAGCCGCCCAGCCUAUCAUUGUCGAUGGCGAGGAAAAGGAUGGUGAGGUCGUUGAGAAGGUCAUGGACGCCUUGGCAAAAGUGGGUAGAAUGAGAAGGCUGGGAUUGGGUGUGCAAGAGAAGCGGGACUUCUUGGAUAUUUGGGGGAAACGUUCUUGAGACCUGAUAUAGCUGGGCUGGAAAUAUCAAUUCACAUCUAUAAGGUG